CUAGCGCGGCUCCCCAGUUAGGCUGUGUUAACCGUACGAGUAGUACGCGUAAAGUGCAAGAGGGAGCCCUUACAAAAACUUGUGUAGACGCUGAAGUUGCGAUUAUACGUUUUGAAACAGCGGGAUAUCGACAGUAUCCGGUAGUUCCCGGAACACCUGUGCGCCUAAUACAGCGCUCUAAACGUACACUUAGUACGUCUGGGAAGGCCCUGCAGUGAGGCUUUCCCUCCUCUCCCAAGUGUCCAACACCUUCAAGAUUGAUUUAAAGCCUUCUUUGUGUGAUCAAGUUCCACAAUGGUCGUCGCUACCCACAUCAGCAACAAACCAACCGAGGGGGAAAUCCCGCAGUUGCAGAAUGAAGACAGGGACCCUCGAAACGAGAGGGGAACUUCCUACAUUUUCUAUGACAAGGAAAAACAUAACGAACCAAAGUGGAACUUGGAGCAGGCACAUCUCUCCCAAGAAGAAUCAUCUUCAAGAAAGCAGUGUUUUGAAAGAGAAUCCACUUUCUUUGGUGAUGGAUUCGAUACUCACUGGUACAGAUCUCAUGUCAGAUCUGAAUACACCAGAUAUAAAGUUUGAGGACUUCGACUUUCACAGUGGCAACCCCACUAGCAGUUAUAACAGAGGCAACGUGAAUGUUGAGAGCUCUCGAGAUGCAAUGGAACCAAGUGUUGGUGUUGUUUGUAACCAGGAUGAUGACAGCCUACUUGUAGAAGCCCCUACGACUGGUGUAGCCUACACAUUAUUUGAUAUGAGUCCAGGUUCUCGAGGUCUUCUUGAAGCACUGAGCCCUAGUACUCAAGAAGAUCUUCAUGCUGAUCAGCAGGAACAAAGAAUUAAUUUAGAAGAAUACCAAGAGUCAGCAAGCACACUGAAUGUUAGAAGUGAUGUCAUUACAUACAAUGAUGGUAUUUUCACAAAUCCUAUACCAGAACUGGAUCACUGUAUGCAGGAAACCCUUAUUCCAGUGGAGGAUUGUCCCCAACCUGCUCAGAUGGAGAUGCUGGUCACUCACAACAAUCCUCCUCAACUUUCAAUCAGUGAAGGUGACCUAGAAUUUAGUAUUCCACAAAAUUUGUUGGAACAAAUGGAAAGUCUUUUCCCUGAAGAGCAGGCCAUUGAAUCCAGUCUCAUUCAGUCAAGUAAUGUAUGCACAACAGAGCUGGAUAUGUUUUUGGGGCAACAGGACUUCAAUAGCGAUCUUCUUUCUGAAUCAUUGGAACAGUCUGGUUUACUUGAUGAUGAACUGUCAUCCUUUGUUUGUGAGGAUACAUGUAAUGAUGACUUUUCAAACAUUCACAUCAACUCCCUGAUGCCCAACAGUGAUGCUGUCCAGUCAAGUAUCGCCCCCCAAGUUGUCCAGCCUAAUACACUUGACCUAGAACCAGUCGGCCUUCCAGCUGAAGUAGCAGAGCGAAGCACAUUCCUAUUAACCAAGGAUUUCCUAUCAACUCCUGUAACUAUACACCCAGCUGUAUCGGCUACCUUUAAUAACGAAAACGAUUUUAAAACUACAUUUAUUGUAAAUGCAUCCUCUACUGGUGCUGUACCUAAAACUCCAGUAAAGAAACGGCAGCAUCAAGAAGACACAACCCCAGUAAUAAAUCCAGUCAAACGACAGAGGAGAGCAUCAAGGAAACCACUGCGAUUCAGAGAACUCUAUACUGAUGAAGACUUCACCGACUCGGGAUCAAGUGAGAGUUUUGCUGACCAAGAGAGCAGGCUUUGGACUGACCCAAGUGAUAUUGACAUUAAAAAUGUAAAUGUAGAUGUAGCAAGCAGCAGUAAUGUUUCUGCUAGAAGAAGAUCUAGAGGUUCUGUAGAGGAACUGACAGAGGAACAGAAAUACCACAGAAUCAGACAACUGAAUAAUGAGGCAUCCAAGCGAUGCAGGUUGAAAAGAAAAUUAACCGUGAAACAGAUGGAGGCACAAAUGGAGGAGCUUGUAAAAAGAAAUUUAGUACUGAGGGAGAAACACGAAGCAUUAAAACAACUGAAAGACAAAUUUCAAGGAUUUGUGAGUGACUACUUCAAGACUCGAUUAAUGGAAAAAUCAACAAAUAAAUAAAAAGUCCAAUUAUAAGAGAGCUCAAUGAAUAUUUGAAGCUGAAAGCUGAUAUACCAAUGUCUAUAAAGUGGACUGUACUUUCCAAUGUUUUGAAUAUUGUAUGGUAGAUAAAUUGAUUGUGUUUGAAGAUUUACACAACAUUUGCUUGUGCCUUACAUGAACAUUAAAAUCUGUAGCAUUAUAUCUCAUAAAAAAAGGUUACAGAGUACAAGAUUUACAUAGUACCUUUAAAAAUUUAUCUAGACAGUGGUUCUUUACUUUGAGGUUAAUAAAUGCAGAAAAGUUUAAGAAAUAACUAACAACUGUACUUAAGGCAAUUUUACCUCAGUGUAACAUAAUCUAAAAUGUACUUCUAUUGAGGUAAUAUGUGUUCUCUUUCUCAUGGAAGAUAUUAAAUAAAAGCUUACCAGUGUACCUGUACUUUUUCAACAUUACAUAUUUUUAUUAGGGUGAGGUUUCCUAGAAUUGUUAUAAUGCAGUUAUAUUGUAAUACAAUAAAAGGUUAUGGUAACAUC